AUUCCGCUCUCCACCCGUCAGUUGCGGGAUAGGCAGACUGUCGGAAGUUUGUGGAGAUGGGCUGACGAUUGCUCACUGUCGUAAAGGAGUUUCACAGCUGCUUAGAAAAGUGGUAAUGCACAUGUUCAGAAAUGCCGUACGUAGAUCGUCAGAAUCGGAUCUGUGGCUUUCUAGACAUCGAGGAAAUGGAGAACAGCGGCAAGUUUUUGCGGCGCUACUUCAUCCUGGACACGCAGGAGGGCAGCCUGGUGUGGUACAUGGAUAACCCUCAGAAUCUUCCAGUAGGAACAUCCAAUGUUGGAUCUCUCAAACUAACAUAUAUUUCCAAGGUUAGUGAUGCCACCAAGCUGCGACCAAAGGCGGAGUUCUGCUUCGUCAUCAAUGCUGGAAUGAGGAAGUUUUAUCUUCAAGCGAAUGAUAAGCAGGAUUUAGUGGAGUGGGUCAGUGCACUCAACAACGCCACCAAAAUCACAGUGCCAAAGUCAGGUGAGCAGGUGUGUCAUAAUGCUGCAGAGAUGUGUGUGGACUCGCUCGGUGCCACAAAACAAGUGUCCUAUAAGACGGAGAUCAUUGCUGGAGUUCCCAUCAUCACCACCACACAGGAGAAGGGUGAAGGUCAGAACGGAGCAGACUGGAGUGGACUGAGGAAACCUCCGUCAGGUCAGCUGCCGUAUUAUCUGAGCCGCAUUAACCAGGACCAGUCUGUGAUUAAAGCUGGAUAUUGUGUUAAACAGGGAGCUGUGAUGAAAAACUGGAAGAGGAGAUACUUCAUGCUGGAUGACAAUGCACUCAGCUACUUCAAAUCAGAAAUGGAGCGAGAGCCUUUACGAGUUAUCCCACUGAAAGAGGUCAACAAAGUACAGGAGUGUAAGCAAAGUGAUUUGAUGAUGAGAGACAAUCUUUUUGAGCUGGUCACUAUCUCAAGAACCUUCUAUAUUCAGUCUGACAGUCCAGAGGAGAUGCAUGGCUGGAUCAAGGCAAUCUCUGGGGCCAUAGUGGCUCAGCGGGGCCCGGGGCGCACGGCAGCCUCUAUGCGUCAGGCCAGGCGGCUCUCGACCCCUUGUAUACAGAGGAGCCCACUGAACCCGCCCCCGUCUUCAACAGUGAAUCGAGUGUGCCAGCCCCUCGCUCACCCCUCCCCGUACUCCAUUACCCAGAACGGCACUCCGCCUCGGGCCCUCAGCAUGGCGUGGGAGGAGCCCGACCUCAACAGUCUCCUGCUGGGGGCCCGAACACGCCUGUCACUCCAGGAGUCGCCCCAAAUCUUCUUCAAGUAAAUGACGAUGACUCGUCGCUGUGGCAAUGCCCAAACAACCGAGCGGAGUCACCGAAUUGCUCAUCGGACGAAGAUCUGCAGGUUACCAAGGUGUAAGAAUAUACAUAUAGUACACACACACACACACACACACACACACACACACACACACAUAUUGCAAAAAAUAGUGUGAUCUCAAAACAAGCAAAACUAUUACGAUCAAAAGCAGGACAGGGACUCGGGAGGAACUGUGCCCAGUGCAUCAUGGGACAUGGACUGCCCUGUGGGAUUAUGGGAAGCCUCUCACAGAGGUGUACACUAAAACCAGUGAACUGUCAGGUGAUUAUGAGGCCUGUGACGUCCCUUUUCCACUCAAACUCAACUGCAUUACAAGUUAUUACUAUAAUCUCGAUAUUACAAUUUGGUCGACACUGAUUGCCAAAAAUGAUUGUUAUGGUUGGCCGAUAAUAAUGCAGUUAAAGGUACAGUUUACAAACAAACGCUCAGCGAUGGCACUUCCGGGUUCUUUUGGCACGGUGGAGAAGAACUGCUGUCUAUGGGCUCUUCACUCAAAUUGAUCUAAAAUGCCCCAAAAAGUGCUGUUUGAGGAGUUGAAACACCCUGUUUCUGAAAGAUUAUUGGAGAUGAGGGCUUCAUUCAAUUUCCUUCAGGAUCUGGAUUUGACAUCAUUUAUGAUAUUUCUCUGAUCACCGUCAUUGUUAUCCCGCAGCUUCUGUUGUGAAUUGCACAAAGUCUGACUGCAGAAUAUUUCUGAAAGUGUGACAGAUAUGAGUUCAAAUAUGAUGUAACGAUGAUCUGAUAUAAACAGGAUCAGCAUGUAAGAUCUAACACGAUGAACUGCAGCCCGUCUCGCCUCCACCGCAGCACAUACUGACUGUUUGUGAGCGGCUAUAUGAAUACAAAUAAUAAGAAUGACUUUGCAUUUAUUUUGAAUGCAUUAAGUAACUUGUUCAAUCUAAAACAACUGUAAUUACAUUUGAAUAUUUAAGUCAAAUAUUAUUAUUUACUGUUUGUCAUUUCAGCAGUAAAGAUAUAUUUCAUGUCUGAUGGUAGUUUUCAUUAAUCUAGUGGGUUAAGCGUGUGAGGAUUAUACUCAUCAACCUCUUACAUGUAUGACAUAAUCAUACAGUCCUUUAAGAACAAGUUCAAUCUGGUUUUGUUGAUAGUUUAGAAAGAAGCUACAUACAUUUCUUCACUGUAAAGCACAGAUAUUCCUUUAUAAUAACUGGUGUUAACAUAAAUAUGUUUUUUAAAUAUGUAUAAUUAUACAGUAUAUAAAAGAUGACUGAAACUGCACCACUGCUCAUAUCCACCAUUGAAAUGAACCCGGAAGCGCAGUUGCCAGCGGUGUGUCAUCAGAGUAAUGUCAUCUGUACUGUUCGGCGGGUGUUUAAACAUACAGUAGUGUCACAUGCUUCAGGAGAAUCCGUCAUCAAAACAUUUUAAUGUCCAGCAGAAAAGAUGGAAUAAUGUUCAGAACAUUUGAAACAUGGCAUAGAAAUGCUGUUACAGUUUAACUUGGGAAAAAUAAGAUCAAUAAAACAAAAUUAAAUCUAAUUAAUUACAUAUAUAAUAAAAUAAAUAUUUAUACAUAGAUAUGUAUUAUUAUUAUUAUAAUGAAAUAGUUUUUAUUUAUUUAAAAAUAUAUUUUAAAAUAUUGCAUUAAA